UACUCGUGCCUAAGCAACGAUCGUGACCUGGACAAGGUGCCAGACAAUAUCGCCGGCUAUACCAAUAGCAACCCAAACGGCACCGUACAUCACAACAACCAUAAUAACAUCCAUAAUAAUAAUAUUAAUACAAUUAACAAUAAUAAUGCCAACUAUCGGAGCAACUAUCUGGCCGUAAACGAUGGUCAGGUGCCGCCCAGCCCUCACCUCAGCAUAAACCGUAUGGCCUAUAGUUUGCCCAACUUUAACGCCCGGUUCCGCCGGUCGUCCCAAAUACCCGGCGCCCGACCCAAGAGUAUGACAUCCGAGAAGGUGUUGGAAAAAGUGCGGCCCGAGUGCCGCUCCCCCUGGGAAGUGAUCAAGGGCCUUUUCCCGGCCAUCGGCUGGUUGAGCAAGUAUAAAAAAGAGGACCUGAUCCCGGACUUGGUGUCCGGCGCCACGAUUGCCGUGUUUCAAGUGCCAGAGAGUAUGGGUUAUAGCCUGUUGGCCAACGUUAAACCAGCAUUGUUCAGU